CAGAGUUUGUCGGUCUGUAAUUAUAGUCGUUAACAGUUAGUGAAAACUGUCAGAAUGUCAUCGAAAACUUUUCUUCUUUGCGUCGUCAUUGUGGCUAUUUUGGGCAUGCAUUCAGUGUCUAGCCAGUGCACCACGGGGCUUAUGCCUUCGCAAUAUCCGAAUUACCAGCAACCGAUUAUCAUCUCUAAAAAAAAGGACAAUGAUAAGGACCUAAUGCCCCUUCUUCUACUUAUGCUUUUGGGAAACGGGGGAUUGUGCUGAUAGAUAAAUUGUUGAAUAUCUAUAUAUUUUUACUAGAAAUACUUUUUUACCACAAAUUAUGAAAAUUCUAUUAUCAGUAAUAAUUAGCACACCGACGAAUUACAUUGUUAAGCGUUUUAUUUACGGGUUUAGUGCCGAGUUUCAAUUCCUAUUUUUUUUAAUUGUAUGUUUUGUCCCCAUUUAUUCAAUGUAUUGAAAAUAAACUAAUAAAAUAGUUACUGCUUUGCGUAAAUUAAUUACUCAUUUCACACGUACUUACGUACGAGUAAACGAGUACAAUAUUCAGGCAAUAUUGCCAUUGCCACGGUCUUUUUGACAAACUACAAAUUUAAAAAAAAAACUGACAUUUUAACAAAAUUCUAACACGACCCAAUUUUAUAUUUUUAGUGGAAUUGAAGAAGAAAUCGGUCCAAGAAAUGGUUUUAAAAGGGCUUCUAGACGAUUAAGAACAUCAUGACAUUGAAAAAAGUGUAAAUUAUCACAAUAUGCUUUGUUUACGAUAAAACAUACGUUGGAAAUGAAGUCCAUAUUUUUACUGAAAGAUAGUAUCUUAUCUCAUUUGUAGAUAAAUAAACUAAAUUGUCUCUCUGUGGACUGUGUCGAUUUAAUUGAUGUUUACUAUAAGUGAUGGUUAAGAAGGACACGUAUGUGCGAAAUGUCUAAUUUGACGUGCAACGAAGAAGAUGAAGCUUUUCCACUUCACGAGUGUGUGUUCCUCGGGGAUGUGCGUAAGCUGUCCUCUUUACUACGAACGCAUGAUGUGUCGCGCAAGGACAAACACGGCAACACCGCGCUGCACCUGGCAGUCAUGCUGGGCCGGAAAGAGUGCGUGCAGCUGUUACUCGCACACGGCGCUCCCGUUAAAGUAAAAAACCUUACCGGGUGGUCGCCACUCGCUGAGGCCAUCAGCUACGGCGACCGUCAAACCAUAUCUUCUCUUGUGCGAAAGCUAAAGCAACAAGCUCGUGAACAGAUGGAGAUUGGCCGGCCAGAUCUCCUUAGGGCACUGGCACAAAUAGAUGACUUUUAUAUGGAGCUGAAAUGGGAUUUCCACUCCUGGGUACCACUAGUCUCUAGAAUAUUACCAUCAGAUAUCUGUAAGAUCUAUAAGUCUGGGCCUGGUAUCAGAUUGGAUACUACAUUAGUUGAUUUUAGCGAUAUGAAGUGGGAGAGAGGUGAUAUAUCUUUCAUCUUUCAAGGAGACAAACCUCCUGGUGAGGCACUCACUGUUUUGGAUAAUAAAGGAAAGGUAUUUCAGCGUGUCCGUUAUGAAGAAACAGAAAACGAAAUAGAAGAUGAAGUGGAUAUUCUCAUGUCUAGUGACAUACUAUCUGCCCAAAUGUCCACCAAAGGUAUAUCAUUUGCCAGGGCUCAGUCUGGGUGGAUUUUCCGUGAAGACCGUAAAGAGACAGUGGCUGGUCAAUACAGAAGUGAUAUAUACACGAUUACUGGACUAGUGUUGGAGUCGAGAAAAAGGCGAGAACACCUUUCAACUGACGAUCUACAAAAGAACAAGGCUAUUAUUGAAAGUCUAACUAAAGGAAACCCACAGAAUCUGGAUACAAAUGGAGAACCAACCCGCCGCGCAUCAUUAAAUCCACCCCCUGACAAUGGAGUGGACUGGCUAGCAUACAUAACAUCUCUGCCAGGACAAUACCCUAGCCUGGGGAGAGAAAUAGUUUACAAGGAGUCAUCUAGAAACUUUAGAGCUACUAUAGCUAUGAGCGAUGAUUUCCCACUUAGUGUUGAUAUGCUGCUGAAUGUAUUGGAAGUGAUAGCUCCAUUCAAACACUUUGCUAAAUUGCGUCAAUUUGUAGCCAUGAAGUUGCCUAAAGGAUUUCCUGUAAAAAUUGACAUACCAAUAUUACCUACAGUCACAGCAAAGAUAACAUUUCAGAAGUUUGAUUUCCGGCAUGAUCUUUCACCAGAUCUGUUUGUUAUCCCAGAAGACUACAUAGAGGACCCUUUGCGAUUCCCUGAUUUAUGACGUAUUGAUAUUCUAACACUGUUUGAGAUUAGUGAAAGGCCUGCAUGGCGGCGAGAAACACGUCAAGGGCGUGGACGGGCAUGGAUAUGGUCACGGCCUGCACGUGGGCGCGGAGCGCGUUGCCAGCCCGCACCGCCUGGUCUCGUUACCAUCGAGUUCCCAAUGCUUUUCGGCCUCGGCAGCUCCUACUCCAGUCACUGUGUCCUCUUUGUGGAGUAGCUAAAUUACAAAAUGUAUUAUAGAUAAACAAAAUUAGUUGUGAACUGUCUGAUGUGUAGUAGUUUCAGCAGUGUUAGAAUUGAAUAAAAGUGUAACUUGAUAUAUGUUUUUAAUUUAGUAAUUACAAUUAUCUACAGCAAGCUGUAACAGUCAAUGUAAUUAUAUAGUUAAUUGUGUCAAUAGGAGUAACAGGAUGGAAUCAAUUGAUGAAAAUGUUCACUCUAGUUAUAUUUUGUGUUUUACAAUAAGUUACUCAAAUAUGAAUGACAGUGAUGUUCUCUGUUAAAACUUCAUUUGCCGUAAUAAUGCAUAAAUAUUGCAAUAAUAAUAUUAUUCCAUAUGUACAAUACAUGUUCUAUUAUAUUAGAGACAGUAAAAUGUAUUUCCUUUUAAUUCUCUAUGUAAAUCAGUGUUUGUAGAUAUGUUGUAGUAUAACCCUAUUGCUCAUAGAUUGCGUCCACAGGCAUUUUGUAUUAUGAUAACUUAUUUGUAUCAAUUUGUAUUUUCUUUACAGUCUUAGAACAUAGAUUCACCAUAUUAUAUGAUGUGUUCAUAUUCUACAUUACUUAUACAAUAAAUAUUGUAAAUUAUACAAUAAA